AUUCACAGAUGAGUUACAUUGGGAGUUACAAAAAUCGAACGCAGCCAUGGUCGUUGAUUUGCAAAUCUAACAUGGUUGCACGGCGCCCGUGCACUCGUGGAGAGGAUGACAUGGACGAGACUGGAGGACAGGUAUCAAAUGUUGGCCAGCAAGUAGAUGGUUCAUCUGACGCUGAAGAAUCUCAAAGACUAGAAGAAGAUGAUGAUUAUGAACCAGAAGAACGAAAAAAGAAGAAGGGAAAAAAACGAAAAGCACGUAGCGAAGAUAAAAAAGGAAAGAAAAAGAAGAAAAAGAAAAAAUCUGAUUCUGGAGAUGAAAGUGAUUUCGGUGGCGCGGGUGAAGCGGGUGGUGAUGCGGCUGGUGAAGAUAGCGACUAUGCAGUCAACAGGAAAAGCAGAAAAUCAUCGUCAAGAAAAUCUUCCAGCCAUAAUACAUCGACCACUCAGAGCCAAGAACCUACAACAGGCAUGCCCACGAUCGAAGAAGUGUGCAAUACAUUUGGUUUAACAGAUGUACAAAUUGAAUAUUCCGACGCUGAUUUCCAAAACUUAACGACAUACAAGCUAUUUCAACAACAUGUCAGACCGCUCUUAGCAAAAGAAAAUCCAAAAGUUCCAAUGUCAAAACUUAUGAUGUUGGUGGCAGCCAAGUGGCGUGAUUUCUCUGAAUUAAAUCCACAUACGCAACCAGAUGCAGAUGUGUCAUCCACAAAUGUGGAUGAUGAUAGUAGAAACGCUAGAACUAAUCGGAGUGGUGCUAUGCAAGAAGCCGAAGAUGAGGAGGAAGAUGAUGAGGACAGUGACAGAAAAAGAAAAUCGCGAGGCUCGAGAGCGAAAAAAGGGAAAAAGGCAUCAAAAGUACCAACGCUUAAGAUUAAGCUUGGGAAACGUAAACGAGGCAGUUCGGAUGAAGAAGCAGAAGGUAGUGCUGCUGGUUCUGCGGCGGAUUCGGACAUGGAGUUCGAGCAAAUGUUAGCUGAUGCGGAAGAAACCCCGGGUGCUGAAGGUAACAAAGGCAAUGUUGAAGAGAGUGGAGUAGAACCUCCAGCUAAGGUUCGUAGAAAGGCGAAAACCAAAAUCGGCAACAAGACUAAGAAAAAGAAGAAGACAAAGACAACUUCCAAGUUCCCGGAUGGAGAGGAAGGUCUCCAGACUGACCACCAGGAUUAUUGUGAAGUAUGUCAACAAGGCGGCGAGAUUAUAUUGUGCGACACAUGUCCCAGAGCAUACCAUUUAGUAUGCUUAGAGCCCGAAAUGGAGGAAACACCAGAAGGAAAAUGGAGUUGUGCUCAUUGCGAAGGAGAAGGUAUUGCAGGCGCAGCAGAAGACGAUGAUGAACAUAUGGAAUUCUGUAGAGUGUGCAAGGAUGGCGGAGAACUAUUAUGUUGUGACAGUUGUACGAGCGCGUAUCACACGCAUUGUUUGAAUCCUCCUCUAUCAGAGAUUCCUGAUGGCGAUUGGAAAUGUCCUAGAUGCUCUUGCCCACCAUUAAGAGGAAGAGUGGCAAAAAUAUUAAAUUUGAGAUGUAAAGAGUGCUCAGAUACUCCAUCGGAGGAACCAUCCACGAGCAAGGCUGCACCUAAGCAAAGAAAAAUGCGUGAAUUCUUUGUUAAAUGGGCCGAUAUGUCUUACUGGCAUUGCGAUUGGAUAACAGAAUUACAACUUGACGUUUUUCAUCCUCUUAUGUACAGGAAUUAUUAUCGUAAAUAUGAUAUGGAUGAACCACCAAAGUUGGAGGAACCAUUGGAUGAAAGUGAUUCUCGCGUGAAGCGUUUGAAAGAACAAGAUGGUGCUACUAACAGGGACGAGUACAAUUUGGAGGAACGUUUCUAUCGUUAUGGUGUGCGUCCAGAGUGGCUGGUGGUUCACAGGGUGAUCAAUCAUCGAUUACAAAGAGAUGGCAGGGCUACGUAUCUUGUGAAGUGGAGAGAACUCGGUUAUGACCAGGCAACGUGGGAAGAUGAACAUGAGGACAUCCCUGGCUUGAAACAAGCCAUAGAAUAUUAUCUAGAUCUCAGAGCCGCCAACUGUUGCGAUGUUAGUUCAUCACGUAAAGGAAAAAAAGGUAAAGGCAAAAAAUCAAAAACACGCGAGUUGAUUGAUGACGAGGAAAGAACUCCGAAACGAUACACACCACCGCCGGAUAAACCUACAACGGAUCUCAAAAAGAAGUACGAAAGACAGCCAGAGUAUUUGGAUCAGACCGGAAUGCAAUUGCAUCAUUAUCAAUUAGAGGGUCUAAAUUGGUUGAGAUACUCAUGGGGCCAAGGCAUAGACACGAUUUUGGCCGAUGAGAUGGGUUUGGGAAAAACUAUUCAAACCAUAACAUUCUUAUAUUCUUUGUACAAAGAAGGCCACUGUAAAGGGCCCUUUUUGGUCUCCGUUCCCUUGUCCACUAUCAUUAAUUGGGAACGUGAAUUCGAGACUUGGGCACCUGACUUUUAUUGUGUUACUUAUGUGGGUGACAAAGACAGCCGUAUCGUGAUUCGUGAAAAUGAAUUGUCAUUUGAAGAAGGUGCCGUGCGUAGCGGACGCGCCUCUAAAAUUCGAUCGUCUUCGAUUAAAUUUAACGUCUUGCUUACAAGUUAUGAACUCAUCUCCAUAGAUUCGGCGUGUUUAGGCUCCAUUGAUUGGGCUGUUUUAGUCGUGGAUGAAGCUCACAGAUUGAAGUCUAAUCAAUCGAAAUUCUUUAGAUUACUAGCUUCUUACAAUAUUGCAUAUAAACUUUUGCUGACUGGUACUCCAUUACAAAAUAAUUUGGAGGAAUUGUUCCAUUUAUUGAAUUUCUUAUGCCGUGACAAAUUCAAUGAUUUAGCAGCGUUCCAAAAUGAAUUCGCGGAUAUUUCAAAGGAAGAGCAAGUUAAGAAGCUACAUGAAAUGCUUGGCCCGCAUAUGUUGCGGAGAUUGAAAGCUGAUGUAUUGAAGAACAUGCCUAGCAAAUCUGAAUUUAUUGUCCGUGUCGAAUUAUCACCGAUGCAGAAAAAAUAUUACAAAUAUAUAUUAACAAGGAAUUUUGAAGCUCUCAAUCCGAAGGGAGGUGGUCAGCAAGUAUCAUUGUUAAAUAUAAUGAUGGAUCUCAAGAAAUGCUGCAAUCACCCAUACUUGUUCCCUGCUGCAUCACAAGAAGCACCGACAGGACCAAACGGAAGUUACGAGACAUCGGCUCUAAUUAAAGCAGCUGGCAAAUUGGUUCUCUUGAGUAAAAUGCUGAAGAAACUGCGAGAUGAUGGACAUCGAGUUCUUAUAUUCUCUCAAAUGACUAAGAUGUUAGAUAUCCUUGAAGAUUAUUUGGAGGGUGAGGGAUAUAAAUACGAAAGAAUAGACGGUAAUAUAACGGGUGCACAACGUCAAGAAGCCAUCGAUAGAUUUAACGCCCCUGGUGCACAACAGUUUGUCUUCUUGCUUUCUACGCGCGCUGGUGGUUUAGGUAUUAACUUAGCAACGGCAGAUACUGUGAUUAUUUACGAUUCCGAUUGGAAUCCACACAACGAUAUCCAAGCGUUCAGCAGAGCUCAUAGGAUAGGCCAGGCCAACAAAGUUAUGAUCUACCGAUUCGUUACGCGUAAUUCUGUGGAAGAAAGAGUAACACAAGUAGCUAAGCGCAAGAUGAUGCUCACUCAUUUGGUUGUGCGACCUGGCAUGGGCGGCAAAGGCGCCAAUUUCAGUAAACAAGAGCUUGAUGAUAUUUUACGUUUUGGUACGGAGGAAUUAUUCAAGGAAGAAGAGGGUAAGGAAGAUGAAGCUAUACAUUACGAUGACAAGGCUGUCGCCGAAUUAUUGGACAGAAGUAAAGAGGGUAUCGAGCAGAAGGAGAAUUGGGCUAAUGAGUACUUAAGUUCCUUCAAGGUUGCCUCAUACGUAACAAAGGAAGGUGAAACAGAAGAAGAAGCAGAUACAGAGAUAAUUAAACAAGAAGCGGAGAAUACAGAUCCAGCGUAUUGGAUCAAGCUGCUUAGACAUCAUUACGAGCAGCAACAGGAAGAUAUCGCUAGAACACUUGGAAAAGGCAAACGAGUACGAAAACAAGUUAAUUACACGGAUGGUGGUGUAACCGGCGAUCAAGGCGCAAGAGAUGACCAACCAUGGCAGGAGAAUCUGUCGGAUUAUAAUAGUGACUUUAGCGCGCCCAGCGAUGACGAUAAGGAGGAUGAUGACUUCGAUGAGAAGGGUGAUGGAGACUUAUUAUCUCGCAGAAGCAGACGAAGAUUGGAGAGACGCGAUGAAAAGGACAGACCUCUGCCGCCACUACUUGCCAGAGUAAAUGGAAAUAUCGAGGUACUAGGUUUUAAUGCUAGGCAACGGAAAGCAUUCCUCAAUGCAAUUAUGCGUUAUGGAAUGCCGCCUCAAGAUGCUUUCAACUCUCAAUGGUUGGUGCGUGAUCUGCGUGGCAAAUCCGAGAAGAAUUUCAAAGCCUAUGUUUCUCUUUUCAUGAGACACCUCUGCGAACCAGGUGCUGACAAUGCAGAAACGUUCGCUGAUGGUGUUCCACGAGAAGGUCUCAGUCGGCAGCAUGUAUUAACGAGAAUCGGCGUUAUGUCCUUGAUUAGAAAGAAGGUACAGGAAUUUGAACACAUCAAUGGCUAUUAUUCAAUGCCGGAGAUGAUACGUAAACCAGUAGAACCUGUCAAAGUCGGAGAGGGAGUUGGAGAUGCAGCGACAGGUACUAGUAGCACUAGUGCUACUCCAGCCACUUCGAAUGCUCCUAGCCCUAGCCCCGCUGCCACACCAACUCCAACUUCUGGUACAAGCAACGAGACUAACAAAGCGAAUUCUGAUCCAUCUGAAGUUAAGGAAUGUAAGGAUGAAUCAAAGGAUAAAGAGAGUGGUGAUGCAAAAGACUCAAAGGAAGAUUUGAAGAAUUCUAAAGAGGAGGAGGAACCAAGUUCCGAGAAAGACAAGGAAAAGGAUGACUCUAAAAAAGAAGAGAAAGAUGCUGAAACGGAAAACGCAGACAAAGAGAAAGACAAAUCUGAUGUAAAGGAUGAGAAAGCUGUAACGAAACACGAUGAUAAAGUCGAGAAUAGUGAGAAUAAGAAAUCUGAACAGGAAGAAGAUGUUGUUAUCGUUAAGGAUGAUGAAGAAGAAGCUGAAAAACGAGAAGAGAAGGAUAACAAAGAAAAGGAUGUCAAAGACUGUGAUCAAGAAGUGAUAAAGCCUAAACGUAAAUUCAUGUUUAACAUAGCUGACGGUGGUUUUACAGAAUUGCACACGCUUUGGCUGAAUGAAGAAAAAGCCGCAGCGCCGGGCCGCGAAUACGAUAUUUGGCAUCGUCGACACGAUUAUUGGCUCUUGGCGGGUAUUGUCACGCAUGGUUAUGGACGUUGGCAGGAUAUUCAAAAUGAUAUUCGGUUCGCAAUUAUCAACGAGCCAUUCAAGAUGGACAUGGGAAAAGGUAACUUUUUGGAGAUAAAGAAUAAGUUUCUAGCGAGGCGUUUUAAACUCUUGGAACAAGCUUUGGUAAUUGAAGAACAGUUGAGGCGAGCUGCCUACUUGAAUCUCACACAGGAUCCUAAUCAUCCUGCCAUGAGUCUUAAUGCACGAUUUGCUGAAGUUGAAUGUCUUGCUGAAUCCCAUCAACAUCUUAGUAAGGAAAGUCUUGCCGGUAAUAAACCGGCGAACGCUGUGUUACAUAAGGUGUUGAACCAAUUGGAAGAAUUGUUGUCUGAUAUGAAAUCAGACGUGAGUCGUUUACCAGCAACUCUGGCUCGCAUUCCACCAGUCGCUCAGAGACUCCAAAUGUCGGAAAGGUCAAUAUUAAGUCGUUUGGCAGCCACGGCACCCGGUGCCACUAGUUCUCAAACUGGACAGGCUGCAUUACUGGCUCAGCAGUUCCCGGCCGGUUUCUCCGGAGGACAGUUGCCAGCCACUUUCGCAGGUGCUGUUAAUUUCGGGAAUUUUAGACCACAAUACUCAGUUCCGGGACAACCACCGCAAGGCUUUACAGGUUCGUGA